CUGCACUAAGUUUUGACAUUAAACUUGUUGUAAUGUUAUUGCUAGCUGGAGUUGGUAUUAUUUAUGGACAGUUACAUACUUCGCAAGUGCCCCACAAAUGUCACGAUGUGUGUCCAACAAGUUAUCGUGUGGUUUGUGCUCUCUAUAACGGAUGCUUGAGGACAUUUGCCAGUAGUUGUGUGAUGCGGAUGUACAACUGCAAGUAUCAGAAGGAUUACCGGAUCAUAUCGCAGCGAGCAUGCGAAUUUAUUAGCAAUGAAGAGCUUCGAAAUUUGGAGCUCUAGAAAUGACAAGGUUGCAACAGAAACAAAACCGGCGCUAGGUGCCGCCACAACCCACCACAGCGCAUGCGUUGCAAAUAAUCGCCAGGAAGUACAUAUGUAUAUGUUCUUAAACUGCUGUUUUUAUGUAUAGCCCUCUGGGUAAACUGUAGUAUCAUCACGUCACAACUGAAAUAGCGAUUAUUAAAUUUUAAAGCAAAUUUCCAUAGUUUUCAAAUACAUUUUUUAAAGUUCAAUUGAUUUACGGUCUUCGUCGUUGCACACAGUAAUCAAAAUACAAUUACAGAACGUUAGCAUAAGCAUUUAAGUGUAGGGACAAGUGUUACAUAUAUACAUACGUACAUAGACA